UGACAUGACACGUGAAAGUGACGCAACACACUGUCAGCUGUUUUUGUUUUGCUUUAUUUUCCCUGUAUUUUGAAGAAGAUUUCCGCCUCGGCUCAUCGAAGUGAAGCAGUCCUUUCUUAUGAAUUAAUGCAAGAAGAACAACCGAACCCAGGCCUCCGAUCCAGGGAGGAGGGAGGGAAGGAGGUCGUUGGGAAUCGGGAUGGAGACCGGGGAGGGAGCCGACGGUCCUGGCGGGCCAGGACUGGGUUGUGCCUCUUUCAACCAAGACUCCACGUCACUGGCUGUGGGCACCAAGACUGGAUACCGGCUCUUCUCCGUCACCUCAGUGGACAAACUGGACUGCAUUCAUGAAAGCGCAGACACUCCAGACGUGUACAUCGUGGAGCGUCUGUUCUCCAGCAGCCUGGUGGUGGUGGUGAGCCAGGCCCUGCCGCGCCGCAUGAACGUCUACCACUUCAAGAAGGGCACGGAGAUCUGCAACUACAGCUACUCCAACAGCAUCCUGGCAGUCCGUCUCAACAGACAGAGGCUAGUGGUGUGUCUGGAGGAAUCCGUCUAUAUCCACAACAUCAAAGACAUGAAGCUACUAAAGACUCUCCUCAACACACCUUCCAACCCCUCAGGUCUAUGCGCUCUCUCCACCAACCAUGCCAACUCUUACUUGGCAUACCCUGGCAGUGCCACCAUCGGUGAAAUCAUCAUCUACGACGCCAACAAUCUGAGUACUGUCACCAUGAUCCCUGCCCACGACAGCCCACUGGCUGCAAUCACAUUCAAUGCAUCCGGGACCAAACUAGCCAGUGCCUCCGAGAGGGGAACAGUGAUCCGUGUGUUCACCAUUCCUGAAGGACUUCGGCUCUUCGAGUUCCGUAGGGGGAUGAAACGGUAUGUGAACAUCAGCUCCCUGUCAUUCAGUCCAGAUGCCCAGUUCCUGUGUGCCUCCAGUAACACUGAGACUGUGCACAUCUUUAAACUUGAACAGCAUGGGCCUGGUGGUGAGGAGGACUCCCCCACCUGGUCUGCGUACGUGGGUAAGAUGUUCUCGGCGGCCAGCAGCUACCUCCCGGCUCAGGUGUCGGGCAUGAUGUGUCAGGACCGCGCCUUCGCCACCGUCCGCCUGCAGGUGGCAGGCCAGCGCAACGUCUGCACCCUCGCCAUGAUCCAGAAGCUUCCAAGACUGCUGGUAGCCUCCUCCGACGGGCAGCUGUUCAUCUACAAUGUGGACCCUCAGGACGGCGGGGAGUGUGCCCUGGUGAAGACGCACAGGUGGGCAGGUGAAAGGGUGGAGGAGGAAGUGGAUGAGCUGUUUGGGGUGGAGGAGGAGCAUGAGACGGGCGAGGCAGAGGGGGCCGCUCCUCCUCCUCAGCCAUGCCAGUCCUACGCCGCUGCCGCCACCGCCGCUGCCGCCAUGCCCACCACCACCACCGGCCCGGUCUCCGCUACGCUCACCGGCUACUCUGAGGAUGGCGGAGCAAGGAAGGGGGAGGUGAUCCCGGAGCAUGAGUUUGCGGCUGGACCGGUGUGUUUGGACGACGAGACAGAAUUUCCUCCUAUAAAUUGGUGCCGUGACGGAAGUCGGGGUGGCAAGGAGAGACGGACGUGAGAGAGAGAGAGACAGAGAAAGAGGGAGAGAGAGACAGAAUGAGAGAAUAGAAUACCGGCCACCGUAAGAGGAAGGAAGACCACCAGAGCAUGCGCCACGGCAGAUAAAACAAACAAACAAACACAAUUAUUUCAGGGUGCUAAGUUAUUGUUGUUGUUUUUAAUAUGUAGAGAAAGAAACUAACAAGCAAAAAUGAGUGACUGAAUAGUUUGUCCUUAUGUCUUUGAGGCCAGGAUUGGGUAAUCAUGUAUGAGUAUCUGUGGGUUGUUUUAUGACUAUAUGAGCUGCAUGACUGAAUCAUAAUAACCAUGUUUUAAUAGCUACUUGACCAGAUAUUUUAUUAAUUAAGUUGUAAUACUGUAGCUACUUCUUCUAUUUUUUUAUUUACAUUAUUAACAUCCUUGUAUUUAAUCAUAACAUGAGGGAAUAUUUCACAAUGUUUUUAUGUUGUCUGAUUUAUUUUUUUCUUGUGAAUUUGAUUUAUUGAUACUUAUUACAUGUAUUAAAUGUUUACAUAUACUCAUCCUGAUUAAUAACUUACCAGGAUGUUUUGUAUGUACGUGCCUAUGAUAUUGUUUGUAAGAGUGCAAAGUAUUUUGCAGAUUGCACAAGACCAAAAAAAAAGAACCAAGAAAAGAGAAAUAAAAACGUAGUAAGCUACCAUAGAGAUGGCAUUAUGCAAAGCA